CCAGUGGAGGUGUACCAAACUGGGUGUGUCAUAGAUGCUCGUGGCAAAAUAAAAAAAUUGAGAUUCUAUAUUCUGUUUGCACAAAUGCAACUUGGAAACUUGUGAUUAUUUCAGUAUGACGGGUCAGAAGACUGGAGGAGGGGCGAUGAUGGAUAUGUUGGUUGUGACCAUAAUAUACAUGCUUUACGCCUCACACCCCUGCCGGUGCCUGUCAACAUUCCACAAAGAUGCGGCGUUCACAUACGUGAACGUAGCAAACAACCCUACGACUUAUCCACUCGACCCGGCAGACGCAGACGUCCAACCCCUGCUCGACAGGAACGCCCAGACGGAGCUCUUCACCGCUCCAAUCCCCGGUACUUACGUCUUCACAUUCACGGCUGGAAAGAAUGUCAGAGGGAAGAGCAAAGUGACACAUUACAAACUCAUCAAAGAGGGGGUUGCAGUGGAAGUGCUAUUUCGCUUGACGGUGAAUGGCCCGGCUUUUGCACACACUGUGGUUGACUUAGACCAAGGGGAUAAAGUGUAUGUGUCGACCUACGCUCAACCCCCUGCGGUACCCAUCGUGCCAGAUGCCAGUCUGGAGAGCCCUGUGAUAUUCAGUGGAUUCAACUUGUACCAUCGAUGCCUCUGUUCACCUCUCAUCGUAAGACAGUCUGCAUUUUCGGCUCAACGUCCCACCGAAGUGCCCUCUGGUUCGGGUAAGGACAUUGCAUUCCCCACGACAGUGUUGGACCUAAACGGUGAUUUUGACGGAACAACGGGCAUCUUCAAGGCCAAAAUUCCCGGCAUCUACGUCUUCAUGUACUCCUUCCCCAACACCAGGACGAACGUGAUCACCGUGAACAUGUUGGUAAACACCGCCAUCAAGGCAACCGUGUCUUCCAAGAAUUCAGGUGACUUGACGGUCCAGUACGCGGGUACCACCGUGGUGGUUGACCUCGAUGAAGACGAUGAGGUCAAGCUGGUGAAGAAUGGACAGCGAAUCUCCUUCCCGGGAAAGGUGGAUGACGGUGGUGUUUCUUACACACCUUCGCCAAUACUGUUCUCUGGGUUUCUACUCUAGCAGUUUUUUAUUUCUGGCUAUAGCUAUGAAGCGUUACCGUGUGAGGACAUGUUUUUUUGACAUGCCUUAACCAUUUUUCUGCCAUUGAUUAAUACACUAACAGAUAAGGCCAAAUAAAUACAAAUUACAGUUGGUCGUUCUCUCUCUCAUCCUUUUGUUGGGCUGCAUCAUAUUUAGUAACAAAUUUCCUUUUAUAUUCUGUUUAAAUUGUUGGUCCCCAAAAGACAAUUAAUUGUCUGUGUAUUUCUCAUUAUAAUUGCUUAUCUUAUAAGUGGUGACUUUAAACUGAGGACUGGUGGCCAUCUUGAGUGUAAAAUCCUUGGCGGCCACCUUUGAAAAACUAAAUAAAAUGGCCCCCAUUCUUUUCUUUUUUUGAAAAACCCGGACGAUCAACUGGUAUUUUGUUUUACUUGGCCUAAGAAGAAAAGUUUCCAUUAAUUAUUGCACUUUCAGUAAAUUCUGAUUUGUAUGGAUUGGUCGAAGAAAGAAAACGAAUGCUGCCGGAUUUCAAAAAAGAUAACAAUAAUGAUGUUAAUUAACAUGAAAAAAAAAAAUUUAAUAUAUAAAACAACGUAUAGCUUUCCAUGCUGGUUUAUUUAUUUAUUUAUUUAUUUAUUUUUGUAUACGAUAGGCUUUGCAGAUCUCUGACUAAAAUUAAUCCUGUGAUGUUCUAGGGAGAAGUAUUUAUAUCACACGGGAAAAAAAAUAACAAUUGCAGUGUUUAAUAGUGAUAUGAUUAUUAAUAUUCAGUUAUGGAUAAUUAUGUGAUCAUUCCAUUCUUUGCCUAGAAAACUGCGAUAAGGAAUUGUGCCACGCUUAGUAGGUGGUCUACCUCAUUAAUCAUAACUCGGCCAUACCAAAAAAAAACUAAACCGAAUAAAGAAAACGGAUUUGUUGAACAUUAAUUUUGUUUGUU